AUGAGCGAUAUGAUUCUAGCAGUCGAAAGCCACACGCUUGUUGAUGAUCGUACUGGUCCUGAUAUUGCUCUAUGGAAGAGAGGACCAAACGAGUUUCGUAAGAUUUUCUCUACUGCUGAUACAUGGCAGCAGAUACGUACGCACAGUCCUACUACGGCAUGGAGCAAAGUGAUAUGGUUUUCCUUAGGAGUACCUCGUUUUGGAUUCAUUACUUGGCUUGCUAUAAGGAAUAAAUUGUCUACGGGGGAUCGCAUGCGUGCUUGGGGCCUCACUCAAGGAUGUCUGUUCUGCGGUGAACCAAACGAGUCGCGGGAUCACCUUUUCUUCGCCUGCCCCUACAGUUACACGCUUUGGCUAGAGGUAAUAGGAACACUAAUGGGUCGGCCCCCUGAUCCAGACUGGGAAACCACGCUUCAUCUUCUUGCUACACACAACUUUGAUCGUCUUGCCUAUGUCCUUCUGCGCUUAGUAUUCCAAGUUACAAUUUACAUGAUUUGGAGAGAGAGGAAUGACAGGAAACACCAUAAGAGGCCAAGACAGGCUAGCCAAUUGGCUAAGGUAAUUGGGAGAGCCGUAAAAAAUCGGUUACUGUCAGUCAAAUAUUGGGAGAAACCUCAUCUACGGGGCUUAAUGCAGCGCUGGUUCCAUGCACACUCUUAG